AUGGCGAGCGCUGACUCGCAUGCCUUGGCCGACGCCUGGUGGACGUGUUUUGUGAACAGCAGGCGCGUGUCGAGCUCGACGCCCAGGUAUCUCAUGGACCGUUUGACUGGGACUGCGUGGCCUUCAACUAUGAGCUCGGGGUCGUUGAAAAUAUGCUUCCUAGUGAGCACUAUUGCCUCCGUUUUGGCCGGAGCUAGUUGUAACCCGUUGCUGUUCAUCCAUUCGGCGACUGCACCGAGAACCGGGUUGAUGAGCGUAGUGGCAGACUCGCCGUUCCGAGAGAUGCCCAGAACGCAGACGUCGUCCGCGAACGCCACUAGUUGA